AUGGAUAAUCGUUUGGAAAAAAAUGUUAACAAAUUGAUUGAACGCUACAAGAAAACUAGUCUCUAAAUUGAUUAAAUGAUAUAACCAGAGUCACAAAAUUCUCCUCCAAUCAUGGUUUAUCAUACUAGGUCAAGAUAAAGCAAGGCAAAUAUUAAUGAUGAAGAAAGUUCUUCUAGAGAAAAAAAAAAUCAUUCAAUUGAACAAAUUAGCAGACUUAGAGAAACCUUAAAUGCAAAGGAGAAUUAGGAUAAAGAAAAAUAAGAAAGACUAUUGAUACUUAAUAAAGAAUUGAAAAUGACUUUAAAGGAUUAUAUAUAAGCAAAUAAGGAAUUAGAGGGAAAGUUAAAUUAGAGAGAGAGACAUAUUAAAUAAUUAGAAUUUGAAUUAAAAUCUCUUCAAGAUAGUUUAGCAAAGGCUGAUAACAAUCAUAAGGAUAUGCGAUUAAAGUGCGAAAGUCAAGACAAAAUAAUUGAAGAAAUAAAAUAAUAGCUUCAUGCUUCCCGUUAAUAACUAUAAUCAAAAAAGGAUAAAAUUUAAUUAUUGAAAAAGUAGAUUAAAUAGUAGGAAAAAUAAUAUGAUGAAUAGAGUCUAAAUUUUGGUAAAGAAUUAGAACGAGUACAAAAAUUGUGUGAAGAGUUUUCAGCUGAAAUCAACAAUUAAGCAGAACAAAACAGAGAUCUGGAAGAUGAAAUUAGGGAGUUAAAGAAUGAGUCAGUAUAAAAGGAUGAAUAAAUCAGAUACUUUGAUUAACUAGUAUAAGAUAUUAGAUUUAGGGAUGAAGAUAAUUAAAAGUAAAUAGAGUACUUAUCUAAAUUAUUACAAUCUUAAAAAGAUUAAACAUAACAAUAUUAAAGCAAAUUUGAAGAGUCUUAAUCUUAUUUAAGUAAACUCUAAUAAAAUCAAUAAAAUCUGGCUAUCAAUUUUGAAUAAGAAAUUAUUAAAAUUAAUAAUUAAAAUAAAGAUCUUUUUGAGAAAAAAAAAUAAAAAAUUAAUGAAUAAAGAUAAAAAGUAGAAUAAUUAUAAAAUAAGAAUUCUGAUCUUUAAAGACAAUUAGAUAUUUCAGAUAAAAAAUGUUAAAUUCAGGAACAUGAAUUAAAGAAAUUAUCUUAAAUUUCAUAGGAAUUAAAGUCCAUUAAUGAUUAGAGUCAUUAAAAAUUAAAUCUUAAUGAAUAGAAAAUUAAUUAACUGCUCUUGGAAAUAUCAGAGUAGAAGCAAACUAAUUUUAAUUAAAAAGAGUUAAUUGUGGAUCUUGAAUAGAAGGUAUCAUAACAGAGAACCAUUAUUCACUAGCUAACUGGAGAAAACUAAAACCUUUCUGACUCUGUGAAUUAGCUUCAAAAUUAUUCUAAAAAUUUAGAAUUUGAGUUUUAAGAGGAAAAGUAAUAAAAGGAAAAAUAAAUGGAUGAAAUCGAAUAAAAAAUUGACAUAUUAUUCGAAUAACUUCAAUCCGCUAAGGAUGAAUUAAAAGAUUCUAAGUAAAAAGAAUAGGACUUAAAGUCUAAAUUAAAGUAAUCAGAGCUAGAGGUUGAAAAUUAGGUGUAGAAGUCUUUGAAGUAUAAGUAAUAAACAGAUGUACUUAGAUAAACUAUUAAAAAUUUAGAAGAUAAAUUUAAGAUUUAUGAUACUUAAACAUAGCAAGUGUAAGUUUAAUAAUAAAAAUAAGAAGAAUAAUAAAAUUAAUAAAAGUUAAAAGUCUUAGAAGAUAUUUAAUCAUUAAUCAAAUAACAUAGAAAAAUAUGA